AUGCUUCUAGAGGAGUUAAAGAGGGACACUCCAGAGUUUGGUUGGAGGUUUGGAGCAGUUUGUGGUAAGUCAGGCGUGUUUCCGAGUGAAUUUGUUCAACCUGUGGCUGCUCCAGACUUUCUGGUCCUCCCUCCGGACCGAGUUGAACCUCGUGACAGACAAGGGCGCGUCGCUGCCUCUGCUGCCGUCGCUGUGGCCAUGGGUUCAGCUGUAGCAGCUCAUGAGCUCGACAUCUCCACUGAGGCUGAAUUAUACGGAGAAAGCAGUGAUCUGGAUGAUCUGCCUUUACAAAGCAGUCAGUAUAACAUGUCUGAGUUUGCUAAGAAGUACUUCAGAGAGGCACAGAGGAACAGUGAUCAGAAAGCCAAGAAAGGAAAGGAGCUGCGUGAUCCAGUUGAUAUGGUGAAAUUCUCAAAGUCCCCAAUCCACGAAUCCCUGAUUGACUUUUCCGACAGUGGAAUGAAUCGAGUGGCCACAGAUAUCUUUAUAGCCAUAAUGAAGUUCAUGGGAGAUUAUCCACUGAAAAGUCUGACGGAACAGGAGGUAGUCGCCACUAUUCUGAAGCUGAGCCGUGACCAUGGCCUGAUAAAGGAUGAAGCCUAUUGCCAAGUGAUGAAACAAGUCACUGCCAACACCAGCUCCAAACCGGAAAGCUGUCAAAAGGGCUGGAGGCUUCUGUAUAUCCUGACCGCUUUUCAUCGCUGCUCUGAUGUUAUGAAGCCUUUCCUCAUGAAGUUUCUGUUGGACGCAUGUUCUGGUCCAGGUGUUCAGUAUCAAGGUAUCGCAAAGGCCUGUGAGCAGAAUCUGCGGAGGACUUUUACAUAUGGUGGACGUAUGCAAUAUCCAAACAACAUGGAAAUAAAGGCUAUGUUGGCUGGGAGAAGUUCCAAGAGGCAGCUGUUCUUACUGCCUGGUGGGAUUGAGAGACACCUGAAAAUCAAGACAUGCUCUGUUGCUUUGGAUGUCAUUGAAGAGCUUUGUUUUGAGAUGGAGCUGCACAGAGAGGAAGCUUUAGAGGAAUAUGCUGUCUUUUUAGUCACAGACAAAGGUCAGAAUGUGCGGCCCCUGAACAAACGAGAAUACAUCCUGGACAUCACUACAGAAGCUGAGACGGUGGAUCCCAGCUACAGCCUGUGGUUUAGACGAGUCAUAUGGAGUUUGCCUCUCAAGUUGGACAAUGAACUAUAUGUCACCAUGCAUUACAACCAGGUGUUGCCAGACUUCUUGAAAGCGUUGCUGAGUGUGAUCCCGCAGGGAAAUGUCAGUGAUCAGCAUCUUCAGCAGAUCGCGAGAUUAUCAGCCCUGCAGCAUCGUGCCAAAGAUACUAUCUACCUGCCAACCCUCCGUGAUGUGCAGGAGUCUGUCCCUCCACCGUUUUACUCCAAACAAGGUUCCCAGCCUUGGUUGAACAUGGUGUCUCAGCACAUGCAACACGUGCAGCCAUUAAAUCCACAUCAGGCUCAAGCUCAGUUUUUGGGCCUGGUCAGUGCCUUCCCAAUGUUUGGAUCCUCAUUUUUCUACAUUCAAAGUUCCAGCUCUGCUUCUGUCCAAGCCCCCUGCAUCCUGGCAGUAAAUCUGAAUGGACUUCACUUUCUCCACAAAGACACUCAUGAAGCUAUGGUGCGUUUCCCUCUGAAAGAAGUCCAGUCGACCCGGACCCAGAGACCCACCUCUGGCUCCAGUUACCCCUACGUCGACAUCUUGAUUGGAGACUUGUUAAAUCAAAGGGUCACACAGCUGCAACUAGAGCAGAGUUUGGAGUUAUGCCGGGUCAUUGCGAUGCACAUGGAAAACCUGCUGUCAGUAAGAGACAAGAGACUUACCCUGCCCCCAAGUGAGAUCACCCUGCUGUAG